AUGGCCAAGGAGGAAUAUUUAUCAGAGAUAGUGACUUAUGAUUUGUUUACUUCUUUUCAUUCCGAUGCAGGUGCUGCCAAGGAGAGCCAUCUGAAUGCUGCCAACACUGAAGAAACAGAUGAAGAUGUGAUCAUAGGAGGUGUUCAUGUCUGUGGCAAGUGUCGAGGAGAGUUUACUGUCUCCUCAGAUUUUCUGCAGCACAAACAAACCUGCUCUAAGAAACCAGUGGUGGUUGUGAUAAACAAUGACGGUCAGCCGCAGGCUGAGAGUACCAACAGCAGCCGUCCACCAUCUGCACAGAACCAGUAUGGCCAAGAGAUCACCAAGACUGUGUAUCAUAACAAUAAUGAUCAGGCACUGAAUGGGCUUCAGCAGCUACAGGACAGCCAGUAUGAUGACCAGGAGGAAAUUGAGGAGCCUUCCGUGACCGAAGAGUCGGAGGCCCAUUUGACCCAAGAGGAUGGUCCACAGGACCAUCAGCAGCAUCAGCCAUCCCUAGACAACGGCAUGCAUGAGGAAGACAUAAAGGCUUCCAACUCAGACAGGCUGAGAACUCAGAGUGUAGAUUCCAUGGAGUAUGAGGAAUCCCACUCCCUACUGAAACAGCACUGUGAAAACUCCAGAUCCCCAUCCAGCAGACCUGUUUUUCCGGGGAGUCUGGAGAAUGCACCUUUCCCAAUGGGGCCCUUUCCUCGACCACCGCAUAACCGGCCAGAGAUGGCAUCCAUUCAGGAUCAGCUGUUCCAUCUGCAGCAGCAGCACAUUCACCAGCUACAGCUCAUCCAAAGCAUCCAGCAGCAGCUGCAGAACCUGGCUAUGCAGAUCAAGAACACUCCUGCUACUACCUCGGCUAAUACACCAGUCACCACUACCUCAGCUCCCCUCACCCCUUCAGUGGAAUCACAGCCACAGUUGAUGUCGCAGCCAACUUCGUCUUCAGGACCUUCACCGCAGCUCAUGCAUCCUUUUGAUUCACUGCCACGUCCACUUCCCCAACAGAUGAUGCCAUCUCUGCCAUUGCGGCCAUCCAUUAUACCCCCUGUGUCCUUUCCAAUGCCCUCCCCAAGACCGCCUUUCAAUAUGUUGCAUCAGCAGGGCGUCAUGCCACCAGUCUCAAGUCAGCUACUCCAGGCUCCACCCAGGCUUCCCUUUCCACCAGCUAUGAUGCUACAGCGAAAGGGGAAGCCCCCGAAUGUUGCUGUCUUUGACCCCAAAUUUCCUUCAGAUGAUCCAUUCUUCAGGCACAAGUGCCGCUUCUGCCACAAGGUCUUUGGCAGUGACAGUGCCCUUCAAAUCCACAUCCGCUCUCACACAGGUGAGCGACCAUUCAAGUGUAAUAUAUGUGGCAACCGAUUCUCAACUAAAGGGAAUCUAAAAGUGCACUUCCAGCGGCAUGUGGAUCGCUAUCCUCAUGUCAAAAUGGACACUACUCCCCACCCACCAUCACCUCCUCUGCCAAAUGAGCGUCUCCCAAUCCAGUCACCUUCCAUUCAGCAGGUACCACUUCCAACAAUUCCAGGUGAAAUGGGUCGCCUACCUAAUGAUGUUCCAACAUCUUUCCACCCUGGAAUACCAAUGUCGCAGGCAAGCGGGUCUGACUCUGCCUCAAGCAGCAUCUCGGGUGACCAGCCCCUUGAACAGCAAAGUCAAGAAGAAAUGUGUCCCAAAUCAGUUCCAGAUAUUGUCCUCCCCAAGUCUGAAUCAGAGUCCAAGACUUCGGAUGCAGAUGCAGUUGUGUCCCCUCAACUGUCACAGGAAAGAUCCCCAGCAUUUUCGUCUGCCCCGAUGACCUCUAGCUUUGCUCACUCCAUCAGUCAAAUUAUGUCAGAAUCUUCCUGUACAUUCACCACUGCCCCCAUUGCUACUUCCAAAACAGAGACACCGUCUUCCUUGGCUGCCUUGGCUGAGCAAGGAUUCCGGCCUUCUGAAACCUCCAAACUACAAAUGUUGGUUGAGAACAUUGAGCAGAAGAUAAGCGACUCCAGUCAGUGUGUCAUAUGCCACCGGGUUCUCAGCUGUAAGAGCGCUCUACAAAUGCACUACCGGAUCCACACUGGUGAGCGACCAUACAAAUGCCGAGUCUGCUUGCGUUCCUUCACCACCAAGGGCAACCUCAAGACACACUAUAGUGUCCACCGUGCACAACCUCCUCUCAGGAUGUUCCACGAUUGUCCCAUUUGCCAGAAACGAUUCAGCAAUGUCUUGGUGCUGCAGCAACAUCUUCGCAUGCAUGCGGCUGAGGGUUUCCAGAUUCCCCAAGACUUGUCUGCAUUUGAGCAUUAUGCUGAAGACAAAUUUGUGGAAGAGCUGGUCUGUGAUGAAAACCAAGGCCUAGACCAGGAUGACGACGACGAAGAUGCCAGGCUCAAUGAGAUGGCUUCACAAAUGGAAUCCUCACCUGAAGGUUUUUCUGAGCCAGAAGGUGCAGAAGGUGAACUCCCCAAUGGCUUGCCUGUUGAUUCAGGAAAUCUCAAACAAAUCAAAUCUGCCUCCGAGCAAGAUAAGGGCCUCACCCAAAAGAUCCACCGUGACCUAAUGGACCGUGCCAGAGGAAUAGAGAGGGUGAUGGAUGUGAGUAAGGAGAUGCGCAUGGACUGGAUGGGGAAAGAAGUUGAAGAGUCUUCUGGGGUACCUCCCACUGGUGAGUCUACCUCACCUCCAGCCUACCUUACUGAUGAUAGCAGUUUAGCAGCUUCUCCGUCCUCUGAACCUCAACCUAAUUACACUAAAGGUAUUGAUUCCAUAGCCUCAGCACUGCACCUGCAAGCUAGUAACAAUGCAGAGAACCACCACCGACAGCUCAUUAGCCGUCUUCCCAAUCCAGAUCCUCAGUCCCCCUCAGAAAAAAGCCAAGAAGGGUCCUUGGUAUCUGACCAAGCAUCUCAAAGUCCUGAUGAUCACAAUGAUGACCAGAGACUGAGUCAGGAAGAUGUGAGACGGCACGAGGAUGAAAUAAAUCGACAUGGCAGCAUUCAAAGAAGUCACUCCAGUGAACCAAGAGGACAUUCUGAUGACCUUAAUCUUCAGCCUAAUUACAUUAAAAACCAUCAUGACGAGUUAAGAAGACACCGUGAUGAAAUGGGAAGUCAGCACGGUGAUUCAAGAAGACACCCAGGCAGUACCUAUCAAAAUGAGCUCCAAGGCAAACAGGAUGAUAAAAGUCACGCAGGCGACUCUGAGCAGAUCAGUGACAAUGAGUGCAUCAGUAGAAAUGUGGAACCCAGAGGUGCUACAGAUGAGCACAGGGGUGAACACAGACAUAUCUUUGAUGAACACAAAAGUCAUCCAGACAACUUGAAGUUCCACCAGGAUGAUCUCCAUAGAGCACCCCUCAAAAUUGACACCAGCCGGAUGGAUAACAACGGAGCCCUGGAUCUCACCCCCAAGUCGGUUUCUUCUGGGAGCAGUGAAAACAGCCUGGAAGCCCUGAAGAAUCAAGUUAAUAACAGCCACUACUUGUUUCCCAUGGGCUUCCCCCACCCUGGAGAUGGCAGGCUCAAUGGAAGCAGUGCCGGCUUACUGAUGCCAGAUCCUUCCAAUACAUCUUAUGGGUCUAGACGUAGCAAUGGGUCCAGCACUACCUGUCACUACUGUGGCAAGUCUUUUGCAUGUAGCAGUGCCCUCAAUAUCCAUUACAGAAGCCACACAAAAGAGCGGCCAUACAAGUGUGAAAUAUGCUCCAAGGGGUUCUCAACUAGAGGUAAUCUGCGUCAACAUAUGCUUACCCACAAGAUUCGGGACAUGCCGACACAGAUUCUUGACCCCUCACAUCCCCAUUACAAGCAUCAGCAACAGCAGCAAAUGAUGCACCCAAUGCAUCAUUUGCAGUCACCCCCUCAUUCCAUGCUGAUGCCUGGAAUGCCCAACUUUGCUGCAGAGAUGGCCAUGCACCAAUACCACCAGCAGCAGCAGCAGCAGCAGCAGAGAACAUCUCCCCGGCCUUUCAUCCAGCGUGAUCCACCGCCAUCACAUCCAGAGCGCCAAAGAUCUCCACAGACCCAUCAGCAGCAGCUGCCUUCACCACUGGGCUCCCCACAAAAAAUAUCCCCCCUCAACCCUCAACGGCCAGCUUCUCCCUUUGACGACACUCAGGAAAUCCCCCUGAGUAGCCAGAUGAAGUCACCAAGCAGCCAACAAAGCACUCCACCUAGCAGUCAGAAUCACUUGACACCGAGCAGCCAGCUUCAGCAGCAGCAGCAGCAGCAGCAGCAGCAUCAGCAGCAGCAUCAGCAGCAUCAUUCUCCAAACAAUAACAACAAAUACCAACCGGACAUACAUCAGAAGCUAUAUCCCAGCCUGCAGAAGCCACAUCCCACUGAUCUACCCAUCCCCCCGUCCCAACCCUCGCUGAAGCGUUCCAUCUCAGAAUCCAGUUGUCCUUCCCCACCCAAACGGCUGAGGCACAGCUGCCAUGUCUGUGGCAAGCAAUUCCAAUCAGACAGCGCUCUCCAGAUCCACAUCCGGACCCACACCGGUGAGAAGCCGUUCAAGUGCCACAUCUGCGGCCGGGCGUUCACCACCAAGGGAAAUCUGAAGGUGCAUCUGGGAACCCAUAUGUGGAACGGCGGCCCCACGCGGCGGGGAAGGCGCAUCUCCAUGGAAGCCCCACUCAUGAGGAGCCCUAAGGAAGGCGAGAUGUUCAGACCAGAUAUGUUUGGACUACGGCCGAUGUAUGAGGGUGCUUUCUUCCAGUACCCACCACCAAUCAUGAAUGGCUUUGCAGCUGCCAUGUCCAAGGCUAAUGAGAUCUCGGUAAUUCAGAACCACCAUUCCUCGAUAGGACACACACGCAUUCCAGAAGGCUCAAACUCCGUCAUUAUGAAGAGUAGAGAGCUGGGACAUGACAGUAGGGACCAGAUCCCUGAGUCUGUAGCCUCUCAAAAUUGAGAAAUUAGAAGAACAGAAGUGUGUCCACUGUAAUGAUAGGGAUGUGAUGUUAGAUUUUGUUUUGGUUAUGAAUGGAGGUUUAAAAAGCUCAAAAGUUACGUUGUUUUUCUUAUUUCCUUUUUCAAAGUUGUUUUGCUGCAGUAUUUGAACACUAGAGUGUGUGAAUUUUUUUCAGGAGUUAAAACUUGAUGUUUAGGUAAAUACAUGUAAUUGCUUUGUGGCCAUAUUCACUUAUUUCCCUUAUCCAUUCAAUACUAACAAACUAAUUUCAAAGUGUACAGUAGACUUUAAUACUGGGCAGUAAGACAAUACGCCUAAUUGGAAGGGUAGAAUCUGUCUCCAAACAUUUGUGACACAGGGUCGAAAAGAAAAACUGACCACAUUAAUACUUGGUAUUUACCCUUAUUAAUUUUUUUAAGACACUUAACUUAUUUCUCAAGUAAUAUUUAUUGUAACAUAUUCAGUAAGACAAAAUUUACAAUACUUGAGAUUGGUGAAUGUUAACUUAUUCUAACAGUUAUGAUUGCUUAUUUAAUCUUUACGAUUGGAUGUUCUGCUGUGCGGUACUUUAUAAAGCACACAAUUGUGAGAACACCAUGAAUUAGUUAUUUAGACAGCGAACAGAAUAACACAUAUUUUCCGUUUGUCUUGAGGCAAAACUUUUAAAAAAUCAAAUUUACAUUUGAUGAGGUUUGGGUUUUUUAAAUACUGGAUGCACAUACUAUCAACCCCCCCCC